CUAUCGUAGGUGGUAUUACUCAUCUCUAAUACAAAACGCAUUUUUUCUGCCGGCGAGGAUUUGUUUGCAAAUAUUUGUCAAAAUAGAUAAAUUCAGUAAACCUUAGGAUUGUCUAAAGCCGGACAAUGUAUAUAAUGGAGCCCGACGCCACCCUGGAUCAGGAUGUGAGCACCUGCCGCUUGUGCCAUCGUCAGACGGAUUUUAACUCGCCAAACAUUUUCGAGAGCUCCGUGGAGUGCUGCAAGGAUGUGUCCAUUUCCGACCUUUCCCAGGUUCUGUGGGGCGUACUGUACGAUCGCCACGAGUUUCUAUCUGAACUCAUUUGCCCGGAGUGCCUGGAGAUCCUGGAGGAUGCGUUUGAACAGCGCAAGGGAAUGCACGAGCGGGAGCAGGCGCUUCAGGAGCAGCUAAAGGACCUUAUUAAGAAUGAUGCCAAGUACCGACCCGGCCUGAAUGGCAAUCCAGGGGAAUUUGUUCCCGAGGAAGACUGCAUCAUCGUGGACGUCGAUCCGGAAAAACUGGCGGAGUCCAGUGAAGAUGAAUUUGCACUCGGCUCCGACGGAGAAUACGAGAAUUUUGAUGAUGACGAUGAAGAGGAGGAGGAAGACUACGACGAAGAGGACGAGGAAGAUGGCCAGAAUGGGGAAGAUAUGGACAUGCCUCUGGGCAUGGAUGCAGCCCAGAUGGCGGCUCAGAAGUCCAUCGAGAUCGAUGCCAAUUCCGCGGGGCAACGACCCAAGCGUGCGUUCCUGUGCCAGUACUGCGAUCUUGGCUUCACACUGCCGUCGGACUGCCAGGAACACGAGCGUAUGGCUCACGACCCCACUGCGCCGUACUGCUGCACCUUCUGCAACCUCAGGCUCGUCACACGGCCCGCAUUGAUUUCUCACAUCAGGACAUUGCACGAUGCAGAACGUCCGUAUGUCUGUGCUCAUUGCCGCAAGGGAUUUGUGCGCCGCUCCGAUCUUAAAAAGCACACAAUUGUGCACACCGGCGUGCGUCCCUACACCUGCAACGUGUGCUCCAAGAGCUUCUCGAGGAAUACUAAUCUUACCAAGCACAUGCGCAUUCACAGCGGCGUGAAACCGUUCGUCUGCCAGCACUGUCCGCGAUCCUUCCAGACGGCUGUGGAAAUGAUGAGGCACACACGCUCCCAUGGCGAAGUGAAGGCUUUCCAAUGUGGCCGCUGUCCUUACUCAUUCUCCCGAAAGGAUAAGUUGAUGGCCCACCAGCAGGUCCAUACCAGAAGGGACGUGGAGCAGCAGCAAAUGUGGUUACCUUCCCCGGUAGAGGGCGACCUGGCGCACCAGCAGCAGGCGUUCCAGGCCAAGCAAAAGGUUCCGGCUCAAUCGAAAACCUCGCGGAAUUACCGAUGCGAUGUUUGCGAUCGUGGUUUCCAGCGGGAACGGGAUUUGCAACGCCAUCGAGCACUCCACAUGGAUUCGUUGUUGGCCUGCAAGAUUUGCAAUCAGGGAUUCAACCGACGCGAGCAACUGCAUCGUCACGAACUGGAGGCCCAUGGGCCCAGCUUCACGUGCGCCAUCUGCUGCAUUAGUUUCCUGCAUCAGAUUGAGUUGGAGAACCACCUGAAGGUCCAUCAGCUGCAGCACAAGACAGCGCAGCGUGCCCAGGAGGCUUUAGUAUUGCCCCUCAAAAUGGCGGAACAGGCGCCCGCGGCUAUUAUGCCACCGGUUGUUCAGGAACCUCCACCAUUGCGUCCUUCGGCCGCCGAGCUCUCGUUCUACAGCAACAUGAUUCCCACCAUGAAUCUGGGCUUCUACAGUGAGACUCGGCCUGAGGAUUAGAAUUACAUACUCAAAACUUAGUAAGUAAGUUGAAAAAGUUUGUAUAGCCAGGCGGUUUAAGGCGUUCAGAUUAACUAAGAUAACACUGAUACUAACGGCUUCUCAGCCUAUCUUUUGCCAAAAUGUAGUUUACUGGUUUUUUGAUAAAUGGCCAAGCCAGAAAAAAAUCUGGUAAAUUAAAUAUUAAUGAAAAUAUAAAUAUUUUAUUGGGGAAACCAUUGUAUUGCAAAUCAAAUUGAGUUUCAAAGAUGUCUUUCCACACAUGACUGAUUUUUUAAUGAUAAUAAAACCCAAUUGGCGCCAUUUCGUAACCGUA